UUCCUCUGUAAGUGCACGGAGCGCUUCCCCUCCCCCCAGCGCCGCGAACGCGCACGCGCGCGGGACCGCGUGGGAAUGGCUGUUGUGUUAUCGGGGGUUGGGCCGCUAGGAGCAAACGGAGAGUUAGAGAGUUUCUAAUGUCCGCCAUGUUGGCCAUGGCGUAUUGAACCGGGGAGAGUAAGCAGAGUGACUGAAAAAAGAGACCGAAAGAGAGCGACCAAGAUCCGGGCCUGCCCGGCUCCGUUCGCCUUCGCCAUUUAUACAUAUUUUUACCAAUCGAUCAAUAUACGCCUGGAUAACGCCACAGACCCAUCCAUGAGAACUAAAACCGGAAAAGUUGUUAAUUUUAGGGGAUCGGAUAGAUUUAUGCUGCAUCUCGAAUUAUAAAAAUGAGUAAAUUGUCGUUUCGGGCACGGGCGCUGGACGCUUCCAAGCCACUACCCGUCUUCCGCUGUGAGGACUUACCCGACCUGCACGAAUAUGCCUCUAUUAACCGGGCAGUACCGCAGAUGCCGACUGGAAUGGAGAAAGAGGAGGAAUCGGAGCACCAUCUCCAGCGGGCCAUCUCUGCGCAGCAGGUGUACGGGGAGAAGCGGGAUAACAUGGUCAUCCCUGUCCCCGAGGCGGAGAGCAACAUCGCCUACUACGAGUCUCUGUACCCUGGGGAGUUCCGCAUGCCAAAGCAGCUCAUUCACAUACAGCCUUUCAGUCUGGAUACAGAGCAGCCCGACUACGACCUGGACUCGGAGGAUGAGGCCUUUCUCACCAAGCUGAAGAAGAAGAUGGAGAUCACCCCACUGCAGUUUGAGGAGAUGAUCGACCGUUUGGAGAAGGGCAGUGGGCAACAGAUGGUGACUCUGCCAGAGGCCAAGCUCCUCCUGAAGGAGGAUGAUGAGCUGAUUCGGGAGGUGUUUGAGUACUGGACCCGCAAGAGGAGGAGCUCUAAGAGCGCCUCCCUCAUCCCCACCGUCAAGCAGGAGAAGCGCGACGGCUCCAGCACCAGCGACCCGUACGUGGCCUUUCGCCGGAGGACCGAGAAGAUGCAGACGCGCAAGAACCGCAAGAACGACGAGGCGUCGUACGAGAAGAUGCUGAAGCUUCGGAGGGACCUGAGCCGGGCCGUGACCAUCCUGGAGAUGAUCAAGAGGAGAGAGAAGAGCAAGAGGGAGCUCCUGCACCUGACGCUGGAAAUCAUCGAGAAGCGGCACAACAUGGCAGACUUUGGCGGUGAGAUAAUGGCAGAGGUUCUGGCCCAGCGGGCGCUGGUGAGACCACUCUACACCAUACCCAUCAUUCCCCUGACCAGCAGCCAGUACCGCCACCAGGACCACAUGGAGCUGAAGGACUACAAGCCCAAGCCGGAGAAGACCGAAGUUGUGAGGACAAAGAGGAAAUACGAGAAGAAGCCCAAAGUCUUGCCUUUAUCGGCCCCUCUGCAGUCGGGACCCUCCAUUUUCAACCCCAAGGACCUGAACCAGUACGACUUCCCCAGCUCUGACGACGAGCCUCAGAUGCUUUCGGGAUCCUCUGAUGCAGAGGAGGAGAACGAUCCGGACGGGCCUUUCGCGUUCCGUAGGAAGGCUGGCUGUCAGUAUUACACUUCUCGGUUGGACCAAAGCGGCGAUUGGCCAUGGUGCAGUCCGGCAGACGGUGGACCUGGAGACACACGCUACAGAUACUGCCUCACCACCCUGACCGUCCCCCGCCGCUGCGUGGGGUUGGCACGCCGACGCCUGGGCAGAGGCGGCAGGGUUUUGCUGGACAGAGCACGCUCGGACUUUGACCACGUAUUUCAUGGGCUGGAUCCGGAAAUGCUGGCCUCCCCCCCACGCUCGCCAGCGCACAGGCUGGCCAGUACCUCAGACACACAGCAGACCUCGGACAGAACAGCCUCUCUAGACCUCAGCCAGAUACUGUUGAACAUUAAAGCGUGUCGAUGGAGACACUUCAGGCCCCGGACACUACCACUACACGGCUCGGCCUGCGGGGGCGCCACCUCCAGGAAACUGUGCCGGGGGUCCACCCGGCCGUGCUCCGCACAACCCGGGACCCAGUCCAGCGGUAGCUCUUCUCAAACCCGCACCACCCCCACGCCCGUCGCUGUGUUCACGGCCGAGCAGUACCAGGAGCAUCAGGAGCAUCUGGCUCUUAUGCAGAAACAGCAGCAGGAGCUGAGUCAACUUCAGCAGGCCAGCGGAGUUUCUCCAGCCACCAGUGGCCAGGGUUUGGUGUCGCAGACUCUGGACUCGGCCAGCGCGCAGUAUGCGGCCUCUGCUUUGAUCUCAGCUGAGCAGCUGAUGCUGUUGAAGGCCAAGGAGGAACCUACACUGGGGUCUGGAGUCAACGGCGUCCUGCAGGCUUCAGGAGUAUACAAGGGCUUACACCUCACGAGUGCCCCGCCCGUCACACUCGCCCCCCCUAGCCAGUCUCACGCCACCACCGCCACAGGAAGUCCUACCUUCUUCCAUCCCUCCAACAACGGCAACAGCACCACCCCCGCCCAGCCGCCAAGUCACCACGGAAACGCCACCAACGCCAUCGCCAACCCCACUGCUACGACUGCCGCCGCUCCCUCUUCUCAGGUCGUGAUAGGGAGCAACAUCCGUCUGAGCGUGCCCUCACCAGGAGGGGGCGCCACUGCGGUCAGCUCCAUCGCCACGCUCAGCGCUCGCCACAUGCCCCGCGCGCUCAACGCCGUCCCUUCGUCUGCCUUAAAGCUGGCCGCCGCCGCUGCCAACCGCCAGAUCCCCAAGGUCCCCGCCACGCCCGCCAUGGACCUGGGGCCCAGGUGGGUGGGCCGCGCACGAUCCGCCAAUGCUCCAGGCCGGCUGAGUGGGGAAAUACAGGAAAACCACGACAAAGAGAAGCCAGCACUCAACAGUAUAGUGGACACCACAGUGGCCAUGGAGGUCACGUAGGGGCGGGCCCGGGGGGCGGGGCUGGGGGCGGGGCCUGGGUGCUAUGCAUCGAAGCAUUGUGAAUGCAACGCGACGGCGGAAUGCAGCACGAUCUGUUUCCAUGGCAACUUUGUUGGGACUUAAUUGCAAUGCUCAUCUCUCAUGCUUUUCUCUUUCAUUUCUUUGUUACUGUUAAUAAGAGGUAUCAAAACAUCUGUAAAUUAUAAAUAUGGCUUAUAUGUACAGUACUGCAUAUUUGUAAUGACCCCUCCCUCCCCCACUCCCCAUACCCUUGUAUAUACGUUACUUGAAUACAAAACUGUUCAUUGUGAUGUUUUGCACUUGGGGGAAAAAAUGAAAUUUGCAACGAGAGAGAGGUGUGUGCGUGUGAGAGAGAGAGAGAGAGAUGUGUGAGAGAGGUGUGUGCGUGUGAGAGAGAGAUGCGAGAGUUGUAUAGCAAAGAACUGUCAUCACUUGGUGCAUGAUGCGGAACCUGCUGUUUUAACUAUUUAUUGUGCUGUGUUUACAAGUUUUUUGUUUUGUUUUUUUUCUCCUGUUUUUUUUUUUCUUUUUGUACACUGUACCUUCAUUGAUUCCCGUGCUGUAGUUAAGUGUUAGGUAGCUAUGGAUUCCUCAGUAAUUUGUAUAUUACGAGCAUAACUAGGUUCCCUCAUUUGGACCCUGGCGUGUUCAGUCUAUCGUGGAAAUAAUGAUGACACACAUACAGAAUUAGGGGGGUGGGUGGGUGGGGGGGGAUCACUUUUCCAGGGCUCCCUCCAUGGACUCUGUCCCAAUACAAGUAACAAACCUGGGAUGAAGUCUCUUCCCAGAAGCCACUGGGGCUUCUGAAUUAAGCACUAUUUGUUUUAAUUGCUGCUUUUAUAUGAUUUUGGUCUCUGGUUCUCAGUCCCCAAUCUUUUUGUUCUGUUUUGUUUGUUUUUUUUAAUCCCCCUUUUCCCUUUCUUUUUGUAAGACAUUUAAAAAGAUAUUUUUUUACCUCUUCCUCGUGAUGAUUGUAUGCUCCUUGUGUUGAAAGACUUCAUUCUUUUGUUACUUGUUAAGGAUAUAAGGGAGGCAGGUAAAUGCAGUAAUUCCUGUACGUGUAUCAUCAGUCAAGUUUCUAGAUAAAAGGAUAAAGAAAACAGCCUGACUUUUUUUCCCUUUUUUUUGUUUUUUUUUCCUCCCCCUUUUUGAAAUUGUGCAGAAGGCUGCAAGGCCGGGGGUGCCUUCCUUUGGAAAUAUUCUGCUCUCUUCUGUGAAGAGUUCGGUACCAGACAGGGCUAGUGCUAGUUUUCUGUUGGUACCACAAUUUGAAUGCCCAGUCCAUUGGCAUGAUUCAAUCCUGGAGGUUCUCUAGUCCCGCCUGGAAGAUGAAAAUGUGGCAGAACUCUCUCUAAUAAAAAAUAAACCCAGGGCAUUGUAUGUUCACCA